CACAUAUCAAAAUAUGGCUAUGCAGGUAACUGAUUAUGGUGUGGCACAACCGCAAGGUACAGAAAAUGAGCUGACGCCUCUGAUAAGAGGACUGGAUUAUUUCUGGGAUGCCACAAACCUGGGGAUACUAAUUCUGGAACAUAUAUGUGUACUAGCUGCUCCAUUCUAUUUUACUUGGAGUGCAUUUUGGGUUUUUGUGAUAUUGAGUAUCCUAACAGGACCCAUAGGGGUUAGUCUUAGUUACCAUAGAAACCUUUCACACAAAAGUUUGAAGCUCACAAAAUCACUUGAAUAUUUGUUUGCUUAUUUCGGACUUCAUGCAGCACAGGGAGACCCUAUAUUUUGGGUAAGCAUUCAUCGGUAUCACCAUCAGUUUGUAGAUUCCGUUAAAGACCCACACAGCCCGGUUGAAGGAUUCUGGUUUAGCCACAUAAUUUGGACUUUUCGAAACACCUAUAUAUGGGAAAAGUGUGGAAAUCGUAACAAUGUAAUGGAUUUACAAAAGCAAGCUUACUACAGGUUUCUUCAGAAGACAAUGUCGCUUCAUAUAGUUGGACUAGGACUGUUGUUGUACAUUGCAGGAGGAUUGCCCCACCUUAUUUAUGGAAUGGGUGUUAGAAUGGCAUAUGUACACCAUUCCUUUUUCUUCAUCAAUUCAGUAUGCCAUAUAUGGGGUAAAAGGCCGUACAACUCCAAAGAUUUAUCCAAGAACAAUUGGGUGGUGAACCUAAUCAACUUAAGUGGAGAAGGUUGGCACAACAAUCAUCACGCCUUUGAGUUCUCCGCUCGGGUAGGGCUCGAAUGGUGGCAGCUCGACCUUCCUUGGUACAUUAUAAAGCUACUAGAGAGCCUUGGGUUAGCAACAGACGUCAAAGUCCCUUCCGAGAUUCAGAAACUAAAAAUUACUACCAGAUGUAUUUUAAUAAAUGACUUGGUUUGGCUUUUCAACCUCUAGCAAAAGAAGGAAGAGCUCAGGGGACCAAGACUCACUCACCAUCGUGUAUUUCCUAUUCUGUGUUUAAUAAUAAGCUUAAUCCAUGCGUUUAUUCAUAACCCAA